UCAUGCCUACUGCAAGAAUUAGAAUCCCAAUUUCUCCACAAAAUUUCGUCGGCGAUGGUCGUGAGCAACAGGAGGCGACUUUCUCCGAUAUGGUUUUUGGGUUUCUUGAGGAUAGUGAAGAGCCAUUGCAGGCAAGUCCUAGUAGCGAAGAGUGUCGCGAAAAUGAAGCAUUAGAUGAAGAAGAUGAAGAGAGAUCAGAGAAUGGCAGUGUUGAAGAGGAAAAGAAUUUCUGGGAGAAACAACACCAGCUUCUACAAGCUACCUUAUGCAGGACUAGCUCGUUGGAAUCAAGGAUUAGAAAUGUUACCAAAGAAGCCAUGAAGGAAAUUCAGAUGGCAGGAAGAAUCUGUGGCUGUGGGAGACCUAUGGUAGGUGGCUGCCGGAAUUGUUUAAUGACAGAAAUCUCCGGCCGCCUCCAAAAUGCCGGCUUUAAUAGCGCCAUUUGCAAGUCUAAGUGGAGAAGUUCUCCUGAUAUUCCAUCAGGAGAACACAAGUUUUUGGAUGUAAUAGACAAUUCAAACACCAAAAAAGGAGAAGUGAGGGUUUUAAUUGAAUUAAAUUUCGUAGCCGAGUUCGAGAUGGCGAAAGCAAGCGAAGAAUACAAUCGGUUAGUCGGACGAUUACCGGAGGUAUUCGUGGGAAAAAGUGAAAGAUUAAACACAGUAAUAAAGAUCUUAUGCUCGGCAGCUAAGAAGUGCAUGAAAGAAAAGAAAAUGCACUUAGGGCCAUGGAGAAAACAAAGAUACAUGCAAGCAAAAUGGCUGGGCACAUGUGAAAGGACAACAAUGAUGCCUGCCUUCUCAAUGGGACGUUCCGGCCGGUUGCCGAAGCCUAAGACAUCGAUGCUAACUGUGGAUUUGCUAGAGAUGUUCCCUAAUUUGCAUUGUACAGCAGUUGAGGUUGUGUGAUCUUGUAAAAUAACGAUUUUGUUUUUUUUUUUCUUUUUUUCUUAAUUAAAAUUUAUAUUUAAAAUCUUCUAGUAAUGAAUAUAAUUUUAAUAAUUAAAUUUUA